AUGUCGGCACAGUCGGCACAGGCUCUUGUCCAGGCCUACUCGCAGCUGCUCGUGGAAGACUACGCCAUUGUGGCUGUGUCGUGCAAGUACAUCCUCCGCCUCGUCGUCUACGAGUUCUUGAUCACCACCAGUGACGAGGCUGACAUUCUCUGGAAAAGGCCUGUCACUACAUCUGCCAUCCUCCUUGGCUCGGUACGAUGGUGCAUGCUCCUCACGGUCGCACUACAACUUGCGCCACCAACUCGGAUGUCCGGUCUCCUCACACAACAUGUUGCUUACUGGAAUUCGACGCACAGCUGCAAAACACUCAGUGUCCUGGACGUGGUAAUCACACUCACUGGAUUCAUCCAAACUGCACUCUUUUCCUCCUUGCGCGUCUUCGCAAUCUGGCGCCGGAGCUACGUCUGGUCGUUGCCCGUGUUCGCUCUCAGCAUGGUACCAGUCGUGACGAACCUGAUUUAUACAGCGAUGUCGAAGUACAUUUCCGUCGCGGUUCCGCUUGUCGGCAUGACGUGUAUCUCGGAGUCCCCGUUCUCAGGGCAAACAACGUACGUUCCGCAGGCGAGGCGUUCUGUCUUGUACAUUACUCGCGUCUCACUUAUCCUCGCAGAUACAAUGGUGCUCAUCCUGACCUGGAUUAAGACAUUUGGACAUUGGCGGCACGCUCGCAGCGUCGGUGUCAAGGUGUCGAUGACGACAUGUUUGCUGCGUGAUGGAACGAUUUAUUUCAUAAUACUGCUGGCGAUGAAUCUAGCUCAGUUACUGACCUUCGACUCCUCUGGGGACCUGGCGCCCAUGGGCACGUUUGCUACGACGCUGCCACCGGUGCUUGUGAACCGCUUCAUGAUCAACCUACGGACGGUCGACUCGGAGGUGCCGGACUACUCCGUGAGCACUAAUGAUCAACAACAGCGAACGCCGACACUGCAAUUCACAAGGUCAGCGAACCGACUGGGAAAUAUUGGGGCAACGCUGCAGGAUGGGUGGAGCGAAGACGAGGCCUGGGACGAAGAAGACAGUGCUGCAGGAGUGGAAGAAGCGGGCCAACAGGAGGCGAGCGCAGAAGCUUGAACUGACGUCAAGUUGUGCUAGAGUGCGCACUGUUUCGGGCGGGCGGUGCUUAACAUAGAUAACACACGAGCAAAGAAUUCGAAGCUUAUAGCACCGAACGAUUGAUAUCCCAAUUAAAUGUUGUGUAGUCAGCACGCGACCUGUUACUAUCUGUAGAUGAACCAGUCAGAAUAUAU